CACGGCCACGCAGUAACCCAGAGAGAGAGAGAGAGAGAGAGAGAGAGUUAGUACUCUGAAAUUAGCUGAAGGAGAGAGAGAGAGAGAGGGGGGAAGAAAAGGAGAGACAGAGAGAAGAAAGAAAAGUUGGUCCAUAAGGAGAAAAAAAUUGUCUCUGAGAUUUGCAGAAGGAAAAAGAAGAAAGAAAAAGAGGGCUGAAGAAAAAAGAGAGAAAAAGGAAAGCUGAGAGUAGUAAAAGGAACAGAAGAAAAAGAGAGAGGGAAAGAAGGAGAGAGGGAGGGAGGAGGGGAAAGAGAGUGACUAACUGGACUGCUGAAUAGAGGAAGUGUGUGAAUAAAAGAAAGAGACGGAGUGACUCAGUGGACUCGGUGGAAAAGGAAGCGUGUGUGUGUGUGUGUGGACGCAGUGAGACACUCAGAGCUCCAUGUGGAUCAGUAAUGCCGGAAUGGAGAGAGACAGAAUCUCAGCACUGAAGAGGUCAUUCGAGGUCGAGAAUGUGGAUUCGUCUUCGAACUCUUCCUCUCCUCACAUGCGUCGCUCUCCCUCCAUCCAGCGCAGCUCCAUCUCUCCAUCCAUCAGCCGCCGUCAUGAGCUCGGUGCCAACGGUGCCAUCAAGCCCAAACCACAGACCCCCGAAGCUGCAUCACGCCGAGCCGAGCUCAGCAUUGGCAUCAACCCCAAACCUGUUGACAGCUCCCCCAGUGCUGGCAUUUCCCGCUUCAACCUGAGGAAGCCUGACAUUUUGGGCCACAACAAGAUGCUAGAGUCGCAAAAGCAUUCUGUCACAUUCAGCAAGACCCUUGAGACCACUAAUCCAAUCGUCAGGACACCAUCCAAUGUCAGUGCAAGACAACUCCCCGAGACUACUUUCAGGAGGAACGAACCGCUGGAGAUCAACGUCAGCAAGCCACCUGAGGUCAAAGGUCCGGAGAAUCAUCAACAUUCAUCUGCAAUCACAAUGGGCUGCCCAUCAUUCAGUCAUGCUGGACGGAAAUCACCCAACAAUGAUGGACACAGCUCCGAGAUCAGCACCGGUUUCCACGGCAACAUGGCAGACAAGGGGGCGGAGAAGGGUGCAGACAAGGGGGUGGAGCUUGGCUACGUGGGCAUUGACGCCAUUUUGGAGCAGAUGAGGAGGAAAGCGAUGAAGCAAGGCUUUGAGUUCAACAUCAUGGUAGUGGGUCAGAGUGGUCUCGGUAAAUCCACUCUUAUUAACACUCUGUUCAAGUCCAAAGUGAGCCGCAGGUCAGUGAUGCCAAGCAGCGAGGAGAGGAUUCCCCAAACCAUCGAGAUCAAAUCCAUCAGCCAUGACAUUGAAGAGAAAGGUGUGAGGAUGAAGCUGACAGUGAUUGACACACCAGGAUUCGGAGAUCAGAUCAACAACGAGAACUGCUGGAUGCCAAUCAUGAAGUUCAUUAACGAGCAGUACGAAGCGUUUCUGCAGGAGGAGGUCAACAUCAGUAGGAAGAAGAAAAUUCCAGACACACGUGUGCACUGCUGCAUUUACUUCAUCCCACCGACAGGACACUGUUUGCGGCCAAUCGAUAUUGAGUUCAUGAGGCACCUGAGUAAAGUGGUGAACAUCGUUCCGGUGAUCGCUAAAGCUGACACGCUAACGCUGGAAGAGAGAGACUUCUUUAAAAAGAAGAUCAGAGAGGAUCUGCGAGCCAAUGAGAUUGAGGUUUAUCCUCAGACGGAGUUUGAUGAGGACGCAGAGGACAGAAUUAUCAACCAGAAGAUCAGAGACAUGAUCCCCUUUGCUGUGGUAGGCAGUGAUCAGGAGUACCAGGUGAAUGGGAAGAGACUGCUGGGUAGGAAAACACGAUGGGGCACAGUAGAAGUGGAGAACGUAGCACACUGUGAGUUUGCGUAUCUGCGGGAUUUGCUCAUCAGGACACACAUGCAGAAUCUGAAGGACAUCACCAGCAGUAUUCACUAUGAGGUGUAUCGCGUCCGCCGACUCAACGAGAGCAAUACACUCGCCACACACUCCGGCGGAGAGGCCAACGGCCUGCUCUCACACGAGAUGUAGACGUCCGUCUGCUCUCUCCAUCCAUCCAUCAAUCCAUUCCUCCAGAUCCAACGUGUGGACUGUAGAAAUGCUAAUACAUGUCUGCGAUGUGAAAUGAAUUGUGUGUGUGUGUGUGUGUGUUUAGCAUUUAUGCUUGCUGACUAAAAGUUUUUCAGUUGUUUCCCCCUCAGAUCUAAAUCUUGAACCUGGGGUGAUUUUAAAACAUUGUAAAAUUACAUUAUGAUGCAACAAAGCUAACAUUAGCUUGCUAAUGCUAACACACCCUGAUUAACCAACUCUCGGUCAUUUUAAAUCUUACUUCAAUAACAGCAGCAAUCGGAAAACUGAAACAAAUAUUUGCUACCUCGCUCACGUGCUAGUUAAUUUACCUUCUUUAGUAUGCUAACUAAAAUGAAUUAGCUUUGUACAAAUUAUAUUUAUGUAUAUAAACAUGAAACAUAAUUAUUACAUCAUUACGUAUAAUUUAUCUCAACAAACUUUUAAUAGAAGUGUUUUAUUAUUGAAUAGUUUAUCUAGCUAGUCAUAGCUGAGUGAGUUAACGCUCACUGUUAGUUAGGAAGUUUACGAUCGCCAAGUUAACGCGAAUCAACCAAAACACCAAAUGUGAUUAGUUAAGUUAGCCAGCUAGGUAUAGGCUCGUUAGUGGAUUUAAAAUGUGUCAUUUCAGUGUGUGUGUGUGCGUUAGCUAGUUAAUGCUAGCAUAAGGACAUCAUGAUGUAAUUUUCUUUAAAGAGCUAAGGAAGUUAGCAGGAACCAGCUGCCACGGAAACUGUUUUCCAUUAGCAUUCAUUCAUUUCUGUCCAUGUUAGCAUUGUCUCGCAUGAUAGUUCCACAACACACAUGAACUGAAACCUUCAAUAAAUCAUGAUUUUUUUUUUUAAAUAUGUGUAUAAAGCUAAAACUAAGAGAAGACUCCUGGCAUCAUGCUAGCUGUGUUAUCCUUAGCGUGCUAGCUGAAGUUUAUGCACGUUUUUAGCGGUUAGCAUGUUUCCUGUUCGCUUCACACGUCAUCUUUAAAUAUUUUAACUUUGUUUUAACCUGUUUGUGUUGUUUGGGAGGCAUGUUUUUCAGCGCGUGCAUUGAUGUAAGCCAAAUAAACAUCUUUUGAAUCCUGAAUGAAA